AUGAAUAGUGAUGAAAGAAAAAAAUUAAAUAUGCAAGAUAAUGAAGAAAGUAUUUUAACUGGACCUCCGACUUUAGAUGAUAUAUUACCCAUAGAAAGAGAUCUAACAGUUUUCGUCGAUUUCUUGAAAGCGUCUAAAGAACUGUCUAAUAUCAUCGCGAAUCCAGAUUUAUCCCUCACACUCUUCGCACCUACCAAUUCAGUUUUUCGUAAUUUAACUCAUAAACCAAGUCAUGUUACGAAUCAGUCGGAAGAUCCAAUAGAAAAAGUACAAAAAUUCGCUUUAAGAUAUGUUGUUCCAUCAGUUUAUUCAUCUUUUUCGGAUGGUGAACUGUUGGAUACCUUGAAAGAAGGUUCAAAAAUUAAAGUGGAAAAGAAUGAGGACGGUUCUUACAAAUUAAAUGGAAGGAUAAAUACGAUUUCAAGAUUGGAAGCAGAAAAUGGAGUAGUUUACAAGAUUGAUGGAAUUUUAGAAGAGGAAUAA